AUGGCUGCGAGUGUGCAGUCGAUGUGUCACUAUUGGAAAAACUUUGAUUUACAAGAGCUUCAGAAAGAACUAGACCUCACUGCCACAGAACUCGCUAGCAGACAAGACGAAAGUGACGCAUCGAGAAAGAGGCUGGCGGAACAAAGUAGGGAAUUCAAGAAAAACACACCUGAGGAUAUCAGAAAAAUCGUAGCCCCGUUAUUGAAAAGUUUCCAGUCGGAAGUCGACGCACUCUCUAAAAGAAGCAGAGCCUCGGAAGCCGCCUUUCUCUCUCUCUACAAGAGGCUCAUUGAUUUACCUGACCCAGUCCCAUCAUUAGAAAUCUCUCUGCAGUUCCAAAGGAAGGCGGAGCAGUCUCAAGAUAUCAAAUCAGAAAACGAAGAGUUCAGGGAAGCAGUCGACGACAGCAGCCAGGGAUUGGCACAAGCUAACAAACAAGAAUUAACAAUACAGCAGCUACGGGAGAAAGUUAAAGACUAUAAAGAAAGACUUGAGUCUGCAAGAAAAGUAAGUUAUAGUCUUUUUAGCAAUGAAUCUGAGCAUAAGGUGACAGACAAGGGCAGACAACCCAAGGAGAAUGAGUCGGGUCUAGAAAAGAAGCUUGGGAAAGCAGAAGAGAAAGUGGCAUCACUACAGCGUGCUUUGGAUGGAGUACAGUCGGAGCUGAGUCAGGUUCGAGCCAAAUACGAUGAGACCACAUCAGCCAAGUCAGACGAAAUUGAGAUGGUCGUGGGUGACUUGGAUCGAGCUAAUGAGAGGGCCACUGCAGCUGAACGCGAAAUUGAACAGUUAACUCGUCAACUGGCAUCUGCAACUCAAAACCUCAACCAGGCUGAAAAGAUGCAGAAUGCUCCAGACAUGGAACAGGCUAUUGACAUUCUGAAAUGUUCCAGUCUGGAACUGGAGCUCGCUUCUAAGGAAAAAGAGAUCAGUCAGUUGGUGAAAGAUGUUGAGAAUCUGCAGGCCUCCAUUAACAAACUCAGGGAGACCAGUGAAACUCAGAUCGCUAAGCUGGAGGAGGAAGUAGCGUCCAAAUCGCGUGCUUUCCGCAGUCUGGAGGAAAAAAUGAGGACACAAGAGGAUUACGAGGAACUUAAGAGAGAGCUCAAUAUCCUAAAAUCCACGGACUUCCGGAAUUCCAGAGAAGGGGAAGAAGCCCAGGGGAAAUCUCUGGAAACCUUGUUGUUGGAAAAAACUAAAGCUCUGCAGUCCGAAAGUAAACGGUCCAAAUUGAGCAGCAGAGAUGUCCUAGCUGAUUCUCCCAGCAGCGUGAAAACCUCCGAGGAUUUACCCAACCUGACCACUCAUAGGAGAACAUCGAACUCCGCGCGAACGAGGGCCAACAGUGCAAAAUCCAGUGGUGACGCCAGGAAUUCGUCCAAUCACAUGACACCUAGCCCCGUCUCCAGCAUGAACGGCAGCCAUAAUCAUUUGGGAUCCCCUCCCCCUCAGUUUUAUGGACUUCACGGUCACCAUGAACUUGUCACCCGAUUGAACGGUCCGAAACUGGACCAGAACAACGGGCCAGGCCUAGAAACAGCCAUUGUGGCUAAAACUGUGCGUGAACUGCUCAGCAUUCAUAACCUGGGACAGAGGCUGUUUGCCAAACAUGUGCUUGGGCUGUCCCAGGGAACUGUCAGCGAACUGCUGUCCAAACCCAAAAGUUGGGACAAACUCACGGAAAAGGGUCGCGAAUCUUACAGGAAAAUGUACGCGUGGGCGAGCGAUGAGAGGAACGUAAUGGCAUUAAAGGAAUUAUCCCCUCGUAAAGGUACUCAGCCCCUUGUGCAAACGGUCAAGCGAAGACUAGCGGCCACAGAGGAGAGGAUAGCACAGAUCUUAUCCCAAUGCCAAACAGGCGAUGCAUGGUAUGAGUACACAGUGACAGAGUUUGAUGUCAGGCUUGGGGGCCUUGAUUGUCCUGGUGAGCAGCUUAACCCUGCUAUGGUGGCCAAUAUCUAUCAGCAGGAGAUGCUUAAGAUGGCCCGAGCUGCAGAUUCUCCAGAUGGGAUCGCAGUCAAUGCCUCUGUAAUGCCACAUCGUGUUCCCCAUGCCCAUAGCAACGGGCCGAUCCACCAUAACAACCGACGUAAGGAGAGCCGGCUGCGUUCACCGUGUGGCUCUAGCAAUCGUGACAGAGAGGCUCAUGGGAAUGGCCACUCGCACCAGAGCGAAAACGAGCAGAACGCACAGGAAAUGGUGGCAAGGAUAUACCGCGCAGAGCUGGCAAAGUUGGCGCAGGCGGCAGAGAAAGCGGGGAAUAUCGCGGCAAGCACCAUGUACCAGCAGGAGCUGGCGCGCAUCGCACAAAACGCCCAGCAUCAGUUACAGCAUCAGCGCAGUGGAAAUGAUGCGCAAGGGCAUUCUCGAGUCAAAAUGGAGAUGUCUGAAGAGGAAUCCCAGGAUUGCGAUAUGCCCCAGGACUUGAGCAAACACUCGCGUCACUCGAUGGAAAGUCGAGACUCCGCCUCUGCCAGACAUGCCGGCAGUGCCUUCAAACUGGUCCAUCCACGCCUCAAUGGUCAUGCUGGAUCUGAUAACCCUAGUUAUGGCACGCCAAUCCCGCCUGACUGCGUGUCACCGUUACAACGAAUGCAGAACAUUGCCAACUCACUUAUGUCGCGGAAUACCCCUCCGUCUGCCAACCAAAAACCUCUGAAAGCGGUGCUGCCCCCUAUAGCACAGGAGCAGUUUGAUAAAUACUCAAACAUCAACACGGAAGAAUUAGUGAAGAAAGUCAAAGAGACGUUGAGUCAGUACUCCAUUAGUCAGCGCCUGUUUGGCGAAAACGUCCUGGGCCUCUCUCAAGGCAGCGUCAGCGAUCUCCUGGCACGACCCAAACCCUGGCAUAUGCUCACUCAGAAAGGGAGAGAACCCUUUAUUCGGAUGCAAAUUUUCCUAGAAGAUGCAGAAGCCAUCCCGAAGCUUGUGGCGACUCAGUACCGAAUUUCCCCGGACAAGUUGAUGCGCCACGAAUCCUCUUCCCAGCAACCUUCAGAUGGACCCCUGUCCCCUCCGCCCGACACCCCUCACUCUCUGUCGCGGCCUCCCACGGUCACACCUACCUCGCAACAAGAUCCACUGAUUGAAGCAGCUGUCUGCGGACACUACUUUGGCUUUUACACCAACUCCAUCUUUGAAAUUGCUGCCAUGACCCCUGACCUUGACACGGUUGACCUGACAAGCAAGAUAAAAGACGUUCUUCAGUUCCACAACUUGGGCCAGAAACUGUUUGGGGAGGCCGUCCUGGGCCUUUCCCAGGGGUCCGUCAGUGAGCUACUUUCUAAACCAAAACCUUGGUCCGUACUCAGCAUUAAAGGGAAAGAACCCUUUGUUCGGAUGCUUAUUUGGUUGAACGACCCUUUCAACAUUGAGAAGCUCAAACUGUACCAAACAGAGGCUAAAGCAAACAGACGUCGUAAGAGUAGCAUGGAUGAGCAGAGAAGUUGUGAAACUCCUAUCAAACGUCCUCGCGUGUUCUUCACAGAAGAUCAGAAAGAGACGCUGCGAACAGCCUAUGCAAAUGAUCCCUACCCUAAUCAAAGCACAAUCGAAGCUCUCGCCAGUAAUUUAAGUGUGGGCGUGAAAACAGUAGUAAACUGGUUCCAUAACCACCGCAUGCGUGCCAAGCAGCAGAUACACACUGGAGGAAACUCAAACAGUAACAGCUUUGACUACAACCCGCUGUCUGUCAAAUCAGAGCCAGGGGAAGAUAACUCUAACCUCAGCGACGGGACGUCAGGGUCUGGCGACACUCCGGCACCAGCAGCCUUCAGGCAGGGCUCAGGGGGAGAGGAAAACAACCAGUGGCUAUUCCCACAGUUUGAGCUGGUGAGAGGCUCUCAGCCGUCUGAUGUCACAGCAGAGGACGAGACAACAGACAGUCGGACACCAAGUCAUCUGUCAGAGAAGGAAGGUGGCAGGGUGAAGGUAGAGGACACGCAGGCCCCUCUCAUGGUGGCUGUUACCAGUCAAACGGGGGUAAAGAAGAGGAAAAGUUCACACCCCAAGUGGGUGUACGAAGGCACGCAACUUGAUAAAACUCAACAACGAAGCCCAGUGGGUAAGGCCACAGAAACCCCCUCAGAGGAUGUGGAGCAGGAUUUUAGCACAGAAAUAAGCGAAAAGGUCUCGCUGGUGAAACACGAAGAAAGCGAGGAGAAGGUGGAGAGCGAUGUAAGGGGAGACAACUCCGCUUCACCGGUAGAUAUAUCCGAGUCGAAAGAUGAGUCAGCAAAGUUCGAUAAAUCGCCAAUGAGCGACAACAAAAGUGAGGACUGGGACCAGAGUGAAAGUAAAGGCGACAUGAGUCAGCGUAGCCCAAGUGACAACACCAAACGUGAAAAGGACUGGGAAGACUGGUGA